ACUACUGAUGAUGAUGAUGAUGGACCGCAGGAGGAUGAUGGAGGAUGCUGACGGAGGAGGACGCGUGCUGGUCCACCGGGAGAGGCGCACGAGGUGGCUCGCGGUGGUCGUCGCCGUGCAGAACGUGCUGGUGACCUUGAGCCUGGUGGUCACGCUCUACGUUUACCUGGACGUUAAGAGUCGAACAGCAAGAGCAGAGAAGACUUCUGAAGAUAAUGUACACAUACGGUUUCAUACAAUUUCAGACAUCUCAGGAAAUAGGACUCUGCAGUUCAGUGAAGUUCACAGCAACAACACGAUGGGUCUGGCUAAUGAGAAUAAAGACCAGAUCUACGUCAGCUGCAAUGGACCCUAUGUUUUGUAUAUGUACCUGUGUUACCAGGCUGGCCUGGGAGAAAAUGCCAGCGGGAUCCUGCAGCUGCGGGUGGUGGGAGAUGAAACUCCCGUCAUCUCUAUCCCCCUGAACGCUUCACGUGACGUCUGCAGGGGGCUCCAAUGUACAGCCUACCUGAGGGUAAAGGAGAUGGUUAGUCUGCACUUGAACUCCUCAGACGGGUUCAAGAUUAAUAAUGCGACCGUGGCCCUGAGCUAUAUGCUGGGGAGCCAGUGUGAUUUCUGAUGAGGGCACACGAACGCUCUCUGAAGAAAAAGACAUGAAGAUCAGAGCUGGCUGGAACGAGGAACAGAGCUCGGCACUUGUGUUCAUCUGCCGCUGUGAGAACAGACUCACUAAGCAGGACUCACACUGAUGGCUGAUGACCAAGGGAGCUACUGUAUGCUUCUGGUAGUUUGACUGUCAGCAAGAAAUCUCAACAACUUGUGCAUGGUCCUGGGAAAGAGCAAAAUCACUUGAUUUUCUCGGUGGCAAUUCGUAAUUCUCAUUUUGUUGAUAGGAAAUAGGUAAAAUAAUUAAACCAAGACAAGGAACUACCCCCUUUUUUUGUGCAGAAAUCCAAAAUGUGGCCAGACCAUUUCAUCUGCCUGUGCCAAAUUGAUUAAAACUUGCAAUUAAACCAAACUUGAGUUUCCUUAAAGCACUGCUUUAUGGACUCUAAAUAUCAGACACAAACGUUUUUUAUUUCCUCAGAAAAACUUUAUUACACAAUGUAUGUCUGGCCUUUUUUUAUAUGGAAACUUCCCCCCUCAGUGCAGCUUUGUUUCAUUCAUACCGCGUGUGAGGAAACGUCUGUGCAUGCUACUGUUCUUGAACCAUCUUGAGUAGGGCUGCACUAUUACUUUCCCUAUCGAUUCAUUUAUUAGUUUCUCAGUGAAUCAAUGAUCUGGUGUGUAAAGCAUCAGAUAAUAGUGAAAAACGCCAUUCCCCGAGCUCAAGAUGACAUAUUCAAAUUGCUUUUUAUGUCGGAAUAAUAGUCCAAAACCCAAAGACUAAUGUUAAGACAAAGGAUAUCAUAAUUUUUUUAAAAAAAGAAAGAAAAAAUGCUUGUCAAUUAUCAAAAAGAGUUUCUAAUACUUGUGAUUACAGUCAUGAUCCUUGUCUCUUUUAAAAAAGGUAGCUCCUUGAAGCUAUCAAAAAGUCUUAGCGAUACUGAACUGCAUUUUACAGAUGCACCUUUUUUAACAAAUGUCCCAUCCUGUUUUGUAAGCACUCCUUCUACAAAUAAGCAACUGUUGUCGCCUUGACAUUGGGAUCUUAAAGUGGUUUACACAGAGAACGGGUUAAGAAGCAGUUUUGCACUCCUCAGGUGCCUUCUAGUUUAAUAUACACUGAUCAGCCAUAACAUUAAGACCACUGACAGGUGAAGUGAAUAACAUUGAUCUCGUUGCAGCUGGCAGUGGGGGGGAUAUAUUAGGCAGCAAGUGA